ACAAUACCUCAUACUGAACCGUUGUGAUAAUACUUCAGGAGAAAAACUUGACUUAUCACUUCAUGUGUGCGACGUCAGGACAGGAAGUGCAGGAGUGUCAUUACAGUAGAUGAGGCAGCGCUGAGUUACUUUGCAUGACCUUCAUGAAGUGAGUACACCUUGCUCCUCUGAACUUAUUAAGCUGUUUUGCAACAUGUGGCUUUGGGCAUUGCUCCCCGUCUGCCUGGCUGUCUUUGGCACUGCGGGCAUAUGGACUGUGUUUGCGGUGGCUGUAACAAAUGGAUCAGUCAACCUCACAGACGGAUUCCCUUACAUCAGCCAUUGUGGCACAUACAACCCUCAGAGCUGUCUCUUCUCCCAGAUCUGCAACAUCAGCUCCGUUUUGGCCCUGUGGAUUGUGGUGAUCCGUUUCCAGCAGGUCAGGGACUGUGGUAACCAUGGGAAGGCCAACACUGCCAGCAUUGUUUUGGGAUUCAUCUCCUCUGUGGGGAUCUCUGUCAUUGGAAACUUCCAGCAAUCCAUUUUAAUGGGGAUCCACCUUUUGGGAGCAUUCCUGGCCUUCUUCGUUGGCCUCGCCUACUUUUGGGUCCAGCUGUUUCUGACCUAUCGGGGUCAGCCGUCUCCGGACCGAUGCUGGGUGGGGCCUGCCAGGGCGACCUGCUGCAUCCUCUGUACAGCCCUGGUUAUUACCAUGUCUGUUCUCCACAACAGAGGCUUUCCCUCCGAGGCUGCUGCGUGCGAGUGGACCCUGGUCAUGCUGUUCUUCUGCCUGUUUGGCCUUUUUGCCGCCGAGUUCAGACACAUCGACUGCCACCACCUCACUGUCCAGACACGAGCUGGGAGGAGCGACUGCAGCCCGGCCACACUCAAAGUCAACGGCUACGUGGCGAAUGCACUCAGCUGAACACACGCACGUACACGUACGACUGUGUACGAGUGCGUGUGGUUCAGAAACAUCAGCUUUCUCGGGCUGUAACAACUGUUGCCAUAUUCUCUCUUAUGUAAUCCAGUGCACUAGAUUCAUAUUGUACAUAUCGAAUUACAGCACACAGUAAUUCAAUAGGGGGUUCCUGAUGUCACUAUUUAUUAUAUCUUUGUAUUCGAAAGAUUCAAUAACACAUUCAUUUGAUAACUAUAUAUUUGAACGUCUUUAUAAAAAAUAUAUAUUUACCCCUUUCUAAUGCCUUUUCUCAUGUUGUGUUAAUAGCAUUUAGGACCUUUUCCUACACGUUUGUUGUCCCACAAUCAACAGCGGAGGACAUCAGGACACACAUUAUCUUUCUUUAUUUUUACAUGAUAAUCUAUUAAUUUUAUCUGAUUAAUAAUAAAUUGCACUAUAAGAAGUAAAAACA